GACGUAUUUGGACAAGAAAUGAACGCCGUGUGAAACUUCGUUUCCCGAAAGCGAUGUCCGCGAGCGCCGUGGGUGUUUCCCUGCUCAUUCCUCCGGUAUAAGUGACCGGCGGAUCGGCGCGCUGCGUUUGGAGACACAGUCGCGACAUUCAGCGUUUGAUUUGAAUCUCCCCGAUCGGUAACUCCGGGGAGACAUGGGCACUUUGCGCGACCUCCAGUACGCGCUCCAGGAGAAGAUCGAGGAACUGAGACAGAGAGACGCGCUCAUAGAUGAUCUGGAGCUGGAGUUAGACCAGAAGGACGAGCUGAUCCAGAAGCUUCAGAACGAGUUGGACAAAUACAGAUCUGUGAUCAGACCUGCGACUCAACAGGUCCACAAGCAGAGCGUGUUUCAGGAGCAGCAGAGGACCAAGAGACAGGCGAUCUCAGCCGAACCCACAGCCUUUGACAUUCAGGAUCUCAGUCACGUUACACUGCCUUUCUACCCAAAGAGUCCACAGUCUAAAGAACUCAUCAAAGAGGCCAUUCUUGACAAUGACUUCAUGAAGAAUCUGGAGCUGUCUCAGAUCCAGGAGAUCGUGGACUGUAUGUAUCCGGUGGAGUAUGAAAAAGAGAGCUGUAUCAUCAAAGAGGGAGAUGUGGGCUCGCUGGUCUACGUCAUGGAAGAUGGAAAGGUGGAGGUGACCAAGGAGGGCAUGAAACUCUGCACGAUGGGGCCGGGGAAGGUGUUCGGAGAGCUCGCCAUCCUCUACAACUGCACCAGGACUGCCACAGUUAAGACCCUUACAAAUGUGAAGUUAUGGGCCAUCGACCGGCAGUGUUUCCAGACCAUCAUGAUGAGAACGGGUCUCAUCAAACACGCAGAAUACAUGGAGUUUCUGAGGAGCGUUCCAACGUUUCAAGGCCUUUCGGAAGAAAUCCUCAGUAAACUAGCUGACGUUCUGGAGGAGACGCACUAUGGUGAUGGAGAGUACAUUAUUAGACAAGGUGCCAGAGGGGACACAUUCUUUAUCAUUAGCAAAGGAAAGGUGAACGUCACUCGGGAGGAUUCUCCCAACGGGACCCCUGUCUACCUGCGAGCGCUGGGUAAAGGAGAUUGGUUUGGAGAAAAAGCACUUCAAGGAGAAGACAUCAGGACGGCUAAUGUCAUCGCUGCUGAAGCGGUCACCUGCCUCGUCAUCGACAGAGAGUCCUUCAAGCAUUUGAUAGGAGGUCUGGACGACGUCUCAAACAAAGGCUACGAUGAUGCUGGUGCCAAACUGAAAUACGAGGCCGAGAACGCCUUCUUCUCCAACUUGAAGCUGGUGGACUUCAACAUCAUCGAUACCUUGGGUGUUGGAGGAUUCGGGAGAGUCGAGCUGGUGCAGCUCAAGAGCGACGAGACCAAAACGUUUGCCAUGAAGAUCCUGAAGAAGCGUCACAUCAUCGACACGCGGCAACAGGAGCACAUCCGCUCGGAGAAACAGAUCAUGCAGGAGGCGCAUUCAGACUUCAUCGUGAGAUUGUACAGGACCUUCAAGGACAGCAAAUAUCUGUACAUGUUGAUGGAGGCUUGUCUGGGAGGAGAACUUUGGACCAUUCUUCGAGACAGAGGAUCAUUUGAAGACUCCACCACACGGUUUUACACCGGCUGUGUGGUGGAGGCCUUCGCUUACCUGCAUUCCAAAGGAAUCAUUUACCGCGAUUUAAAGCCAGAAAAUCUCAUCCUGGAUCACAGAGGAUAUGCCAAGCUGGUGGAUUUCGGCUUUGCUAAAAAGAUCGGAUUCGGGAAGAAAACCUGGACUUUCUGUGGAACGCCAGAGUAUGUAGCUCCAGAGAUCAUCCUCAAUAAAGGCCAUGAUAUCUCAGCAGAUUACUGGUCUUUGGGAAUCCUCAUGUACGAACUCUUGACUGGAAGUCCGCCCUUCUCAGGACCAGAUCCGAUGAAGACUUACAAUAUCAUUUUAAGAGGGAUUGACAUGAUAGAGUUUCCAAAGAAGAUCACCAAAAAUGCCGCCAAUCUCAUCAAAAAACUAUGCAGGGACAAUCCAUCAGAGAGACUAGGAAACUUGAAAAACGGAGUGAAAGAUAUCCAGAAGCACAAAUGGUUCGAGGGCUUUAAUUGGGAAGGACUUCGCAAAGGAACUCUCACCCCUCCAAUUAUUCCUGACGUCGCGUCCCCGACCGACACCAGUAACUUUGAUAGUUUUCCUGAAGACAACGAAGAUCCUCCCCCAGAUGACAACUCGGGCUGGGACACCGAUUUUUAAAACCGAACGCGGUAACACGCUGCCCGGUGCGUCCCGUGCGGUUGGCCGGCCUGAGGGCUGUGCUCGAGGAGGACAGAAGACAAGAGAUAAAGUUCUGAUCUGUGACACCGAGAUGCCUUCAUCCACACUUCUCCCGUGGUGAGAUGCCACAGGGGGCGCACGCGACUCACAACUGUCCUACUGAUCCUGACUGGAGUCCAGCACGUCCUCACAUAUGGACUUCACGCCGGCCUUGCGUUUCACAAAUGAGCCCGUCAUAUUUCUCGACCGAUUGCACAAAUGCAUUUCAGGUUUUGCCGUCUUACAAAUAGGUUUCAAAUAAAUGGAUGGGGUGGGAUCUGGACUGGGUAUUGAUCGUGUUGAAUGGUUUCUUUCGAACAAAAGCAUUUUCCUUUUAUUUUCUUAUAGCAGGAUACUCGUGCAACAGAAACAGACUUAUGUAAGUAUAAAUGUUUGUUUUAUUUUGGGAAUGAUUGUAUUGUUCAUUUCAUUUGUUGCUCUGAAGUCCUCUGGGUUGAUUGUUUUUGGUAUGCGAGGUUUUGUAAUGAAUUGUCACGGUUUCACCACCAGAGGGCAGAUUCUCACUAGUGCACUAGUCCUUACGGGACACAAUGAAGACAGGACCUCUGUAAGAUCAGGACGAUAUCAAUGAAUCAAAGCAGUCUUUAGUCAUUUUCACACAUUCACGUGUCCAUCCACCCCAUAGAAUGACAAGAUAGAUUGUCUCUCAUAGCAUGAACACGAAGUGCUCUGCUGAAAAAAACAUUUCUGUUAUUUAUUGUAGGACCAGAGGUAAAUAUUUAUGUAUAUAUACGGUGGUAAUAUUUUUGUGAUAUUUGUAGAGAUUUCUCGUCAGCGGUUCUAUUGUCAAUGGGUGUUAUUUUUGUGCAUUCGACCUGUUAGCUACUUUCGUCUCUUUUCAGAUUCUGUUCUUUAUUUCCAGACGGAGAUUGAUUCUGUGCUCAAUAUUUUGGCAUUAUUGAAAGUGCCUUACCGCCGUGGCGUCCAGAGUUUACCGUGUUUGUUUUGAUGCUGCAUGACUAGAUCAUACACCUCAGAUUGUUCUUAAUCGGUUGUGGCUUUUUUAAGGUUCAGAGAUUUAUAUGCCUUUUCCUACAAUAAAAGCGUCUUUCAAAGUAACGCAUCGAAAUCAUUCUGAUCUUUGCUGUUUUGUCCGUUUCAUAUAUUCUUUGUGUAGUAGUUCCACGUCAGUAAAGCUUUACUUUGGAGGUGUUGAGGGUGUGAAGGGUCUGAUGUCUAUCAGCUGGUGAUAAUGCUCUGUAAACACAGCUUCUCAUUGCUGAGCACUGUGCCUCACACACAUCAAAAGAUGUAAACCCAGGGGGUCGAGCAGACAUCUUUGACCUCAGCUUCACAGCUAACGCCAUCAGUCAAUGACACGUACUAAUAAGUGAUUUUAACCAAUACACUGUUAACACACCCCCUGUGCCCAACAGAGAAGUCAUUAACCCUUCUACUAGAACCCUAUUUUUAACCCUUAUAUGCAUUGUUUAUUUCAUAUAAGCAUUUACAUUGUUUAUUACAUUCCCAUUCAAAAGUUUGAGAUCACAAGUUUAGAAUCACAUUCACAAAUGAAUUAUGUUGUGAUGAAUAAAUAUAAAAAAAUGAAUAAAAGAUGAUUGUGUAUCAUCAGUGUAGUCACCCAUUGUAUUGUAUAGAAUUUGCAGAUUUGUUCUCUUGUCAUUUUUUUGCCCUCUUAUUGGCUGCUUUUUCUUUAUUAUUCAGUCUAAGACAUCCAUUUUAGUCGCCUUGGACUUUAUAAGGUUCUUCUUUGACAUUUUUG